AUGACUCUCUCCAACGGUGCCAACGGUGCCACCCCUCCCACUGCCGCCACAUCUAAGUGUCUGCCUUCCGUGACCCCUGGCGAGUGCUUUUGGCAAACAGCUCGUGAUGAACUCAGUGAUUACCGAUCGACGGACCAACUGCCCGAGCACAGUGAUAUAGUGAUCAUUGGUGCGGGUUAUGCGGGUGUCAGCACAGCAUAUCAUCUCAUGAAGGCCGGCGUCGCGACCAAGUCAAUUGCUAUAUUAGAAGCGCGAGGCGCAUGUUCGGGAGCAACCGGCCGCAACGGUGGCCAUUGCAGACCCGAUUUCUAUGGCCAUAUUCCGACAUACAUGGACCGCGCAGGGGAUCGGGCAGGUGCUGAAAUUGCCGAAUUCGAAAUAGCCAAUCUUCGUGCACUGAAGAAGGUCAUCGAGCAGGAGAAGAUCGACUGCGAUUUCACUCUUGCGCGGUCGGUCGAUGUCUGGUGUAACGAGGAGUCCGCGAAGAAAGCCAAAGCAGUCUAUGACAGGGUGGUUGCUGCCGGCUUUGAGUACAUGGAGGAUGCAGUCUUUUAUACCGGCGACCAAGUCGAAGGGAUCUGCGGUGUCAAGGGCGCAAAAGCGUGUGCCAGCUUUACUGCCGGCACCAUGUUUCCUUUCAAAUUUAUUAGCCAUCUUAUUCGAGUCCUCCUUACAGCCGGGGUAAAUCUACAAACACAUACACCAGUCACAUCCAUUACACCAGACCCGAAAGGCGGUUUCAUUGUGCAAACACCUCGAGGCAAGAUGCAUGCAAGGAACAUCAUUCACGCCAAUAAUGCCUAUGUCUCCGGGCUACUCCCAGAGUACCGCAAGAACAUCAUUCCUUGCAAGGGUAUCUGCUGUAGAAUCACUGUUCCGGAGGGGGUUACACCACCACUUCUGAACAAUUCAUAUAUAAACCGAGCCGAAGACAAUACGCUUUCUUAUCUUGUCCCCCGUGCUGAUGGCAGCAUCAUCGUGGGUGGUGCGGCUGCCGUAUUCCGGCCAUUCAAACGCCAGUGGUACGAUAACGUGGACGACAGUGUCCUCAUCGACUCCGCCAAAGACUACUACGAUGGAUAUAUGCAGCGAACGUAUCGUGGAUGGGAAGAUACCGGUGCCAAGGUGGACAAGAUUUGGUCAGGUGUCAUGGGCUAUUCAUAUGACUCGAAUCCCCAUAUCGGACACGUUCCAGAGAGGAAAGGUCAAUUUAUCAUAGCGGGUUUCAACGGACAUGGUAUGCCAGUCAUCUGGCUAGCAGCAAAGGAACUGGCCAAGAUGAUUGCCAAGGGUGUUCCCUUUGAAAACACCAGCAUGCCCCGUCUAUUCCAGACAAGUCAAUUCCGCAUUGAUCGCGCACAGGCUGGAAAGGAGGAGGAUGGCGAUAUUCUUGGGACUGGCAAAUUGGCUGCUACUAGACCUUGA